AUUGAUUAAAACAUUUUAUUAUUAUUUGCUUUUGUGACUUUUACGAAGAACUGGCAAAGAACUUUUGAGCGUCUCCUUGCCAAUAUGAACUGCCAAAUUCCCCACUGUCGUUGGACACUCCGGGAUCAGUUACGAAACUUUAAAAUUCGACGCCAACUCAAUGAAGGCCAAUUUGAAUUCGAUUGUAACGUAACCUGUCCGAGGGUCGGUGUCCACCCAAAUGGCUCUCUAGAAGUAAUAGCGACAGAUGGCGAGUGUCACCCCCUUGUCAUGGAUUUAAAGGAACACCACACUUUGCCUGUACCGUUGAUGCCACCAAAUACUUCAGUCAAAUGCGGCAGAGAUCCUAUUUUAAAACAGGCUGGCAGAAAUGAUGUCCUAAAUCGUUUUCUCUUUGAAGAGUAUCUUGCACACGAAUGUCGACUGCUUAUUAGAAACAGCAGAAGUAAAAUAACUCUUAAAGGCAUAGCACUUGACUGGGAAAGGUUUCUGGCUGGGGAAGAACUGCCUGAAACCCACGAGUGUCUUAAGACUAUUAUGGAUAGAUAUGGCUGUGAUGAGCUACCAACAGAAUCAUAUGUGGGCGGCAAUUUAGAAAUUUUAUGGCUUAACAAUGAGAGAUAUUUAAUUCAUUCAGCCAUGGAACCAUUUGAUUACCAGUUAUGCUUGACUCGAAUGACAGCGAGUGAUGUGCUAACUUCGUCAAUGGACGUUGGUAUUAAGUUGCCACUUGAUGGAGGGGCUGUAUACCAAAUCGCUGUUCCUCGCCAAAAUUACCUACGGGACGCCAACCUGGUAGAAAAAAAUGAUCCUGUUUUCGCUACUCGGCAGUUCUAUACUACACGACUCUGGAAGGUCGAAGAGAGCAGCACUGAUGGUCGGCCCAAUGUAACUAAUGUGCAAAGCUAUAGUGAUGAAUCAUCAGCAGUUCGUUGUGCGGCAGUUAGCCAUUUUGAAUGGGGAGAAUUUUGUGAAUUACGCUCCCGAGAAGUCAAAAUUGCACAAGACGGUAAUCUGAUGUAUGGAAACAAAUUCGAUAUGGAUUAUGACAGUUGUCUUUACAUACACCCCAAGGCACUUAUGCUCAGUUCGAAACGGCAAGUUGACAUGCUUGAUACGAGAUGUAAAAGCACAGGAAAUUUAGGUUCCAUUCUGUCUAUUGGAGAUCCAAAUCUGUGCACUCAUUUUAAUAUGGAGACUACUGAAAGAAUCACAAGUUUCGCUGCUAGUCCUACUCGGGAAAACAUUUGUUUUACUUCUACAGAAAGAAGCUUUCUGGCCUGGGAUAUUAGAUGUGGAAAUCGCCCUCUGUGCAGGACGGCACAUCGUCUUUCUAAUUCCCCUGAUUGGAUUUCCAUUGUUCCCGUUAGCCCCGAAAAGGAUUGGAUUUUUCUUGACUCUCAGAUUCCAGGUUCAUCCGGCAAGAUUGGUCUCAGUUGGAACAACCAGGGUCUGUGUCUAGACGGUUCGAUUAAACUACCUGUUACAUCCGUUGAAAUUGAACCGAGAUAUCGUUGGACUGUCCUGGACACUCUGGGAGUGUUGCAAGAACGGGGUCUAGGUCUCGACUGGGUGAUACAAAAUCGCUUUAAUCAGAUGCGCAGUGGAGUCGCAUGCGAAAAGGAAAGUGAUGGCACCAUUCAAAUCUGGCAAUGUACUGUCGCUGGCGACAUAUUUUCUCAGCAACUGAACCCAAACAAAAGAAUCGGACCGAGUCAGCAAACAGCAUCGCGCACUUUCUUUAAACAGUUGAACGAUUGGAUGGAGGCUGUUGAGGAGAACGAGGAGUUGAGUGCCUCUUUAACAUCAAAUCAUUUCGAUCAAAGUGAACAGUUCAAUGCAGAAGUCCUUAUAGAAGGUGUUGAAAAAAUAUAUGAGGACGUUCAACAAGGAAAGUUGGAGAUCGAUUUUUUUUCCGAUUCCAGAUCUGCUUUGCCAGAAUCGUUGGAGCAGUAUUGCCCUAUCGACUUUACAGAUAAAACUCACGGACGUGGUGCGGUAUAUAACAAGGAAUGGAUGACCCAAGAAACGAAUCCUGAUGGCCAAAAUGAGAACCUUACAGGGGAAGAUACUUUCUCUUACGACUUUCACGAUGGUCUCAUAUCAUCUACACCUUUUCAAUCGGCAAAUAAGUCCAAAGUUGUCUCUUUGCCUGGUUUCCUGAUGUCCUCUACUCCAGCCAUCCGUGCGGCUAAACCAAAUUUUUUUGCUACGCCUAAUCAGCGUGCAUAUUCGCAACAGCAACCACCUUCUCCACGCGCAUCUGCAUCGCAGCAAAAACAUCUAAAUGGUUCUCGUAUGUGGGACUUUUAAAACAUGAUUCGUUCUCAGUUUAUUCGUAUUUAAUUUAACUGUUUGAUUACCGCCCUUCUAAAAAAUAGAGGGAGGUAUUGUAAC